AUGGUUGCUGUGGUCCUGAGAGCUGUCCGGGAGUUGCUGAAGCGUGCGGACUUCACGACGGCCCCGCGGAGGCACCGACAUAAGAAGAAAUGGGCUACCACGGAACCCAAGUUUCUUGCAACACAAUUGGCCUUGCAGAAUUUUGACAUGACCUAUAGAAUACAGUUUGGGAAUCUUUGGCCAUCAAUUCGUAUCAGUCUCCUUUCAGAGCAGAAGUAUGGUGCACUUGUCAAUAACUUUGCUGCUUGGGAUCAUGUUAUUACUGAGCUGGCACAGCUGAAUGCUAAAGACUUUGUGAAUGAAGCCUUCUCCCACUGGAAAUUGGAGUCAAGCAAUGGACAACUUGGAACACAAGCCCUAGCGCCAGCCUCCUGGGCCUAUAGUCCAAACCUUCGAUGCUUUACUUUCACCAAAGGAGAUGUCACCCGCUUUCCUCGUGCCAGGCUUGGUAGCUUGGGUGUCCUGGACUACUACCUGAUGGAUGCUGCCUCCUUGCUGCCAGUCCUGGCCCUUGGCCUUCAGCCUGGGGACACUGUACUUGACCUGUGUGCAGCCCCUGGAGGAAAGACAUUAGCAUUGCUUCAGACUGGCUGUUGUGGCAAUCUCGCUGCCAACGAUAUCUCCACUUCUCGAAUAGGCAGACUACAGAAGGUCCUUCGCAGCUAUGUUCCUCAAGAUAUCAGGGAUAGACAUCGAGUUCGAGUUACCUCAUGGGAUGGCAGGAAGUGGGGAGAGCUGGAGGGGGACACCUAUGACCGGGUGCUGGUGGAUGUGCCCUGUACUACAGACCGCCAUUCCCUUCAUGAAGAGGAGAACAACAUCUUUCAGCGGUCAAGGAAGAAGGAGCGACAGAUGUUGCCUCUGCUGCAGGUGCAGCUUCUUGCGGCUGGACUCCUUGCCACCAAACCAGGAGGCUAUGUCGUCUAUUCCACCUGUUCACUUUCACAGUUACAGAAUGAAUAUGUGGUGCAAGGAGCCAUUGAACUUCUGGCUAAUCAGUACAGCAUUGAGGUUCAGGUUGAAGACCUGACCCACUUACGAAAUCUCUUCAUGGACACAUUCUUUUUUUCCCCAUCCUGCCAGGUGGGGGAGCUGGUAAUACCAAACCUCAUGGCCAAUUUUGGGCCUAUGUACUUUUGCAAACUGCAUAGGCUAAAAUAA